ACCAAUACUUUCAGUCAGCAUUUAUUUGUUUACUUUUUAAAUGCAUGCUGAAAAAAAUAUUGGAUGUGAAACAGAUUGAGGAAGAUGUGUAUGAGUGUAUCUGGAUAUGGUAAAUCCGAAGAUAAUAAAGAAAAAGGGAGCUUCCUUUAAUCGCUGGUUGCUCAUUUCUUGGUGGGACUUUGUGGCUCAGCAUGUCAAUACUAACAGUGCAACUGGGUCAGUGUGGCAAUCAGAUUGGUUUUGAAGUGUUUGAUGCUUUAUUUAGUGAUUCAUACUGUUCGCCGGGUCUCUGCUCUAAGAAAGAGAAUGAGGCAUAUCAAGCAUCUUGCAAAGAAAGAUUCUUCAGUGAGGAGGGAAAUGGAGAUCUAGUUGCCCGGGCUGUCCUUGUUGACAUGGAACCUAAAGUUAUCAAUCAGACACUUUUAAAGGCUUCCCAGGCUGGCCGAUGGAAAUAUAGUCAACAUGCCUGCUUCUGUCAGAAACAAGGUUCAGGAAACAACUGGGCAUAUGGGUACUCUGUUCAUGGACCCAGACAUGAAGAAUCUAUAAUGAACCUAAUUCAGAAAGAAGUAGAGAAAUGUGACUCUUUGAGUGGUUUUUCCAUCAUAAUGAGUAUGGCUGGGGGCACAGGAUCAGGUCUGGGAACUUUCAUUACCCAGAAGUUACAAGAUCAGUUCCCAAAGUCCUUGAAAAUGAAUCAGGUUGUAUGGCCUUAUGGAACUGGUGAGGUUGUUGUCCAGAACUACAAUUCCAUUUUGACUCUUUCUCACUUGUACCGAUCUUCAGAUGCCCUCCUUGUCCACGACAACGAUGCUAUCCAUAAGAUCUGUGAGAAACGGAUGAACAUCAGACAGAUCUCCUUUAGCGAUAUAAAUCAAGUCCUCGCACAUCAGCUGGGAAGUAUGUUCCAGCCGACUUACUCUGCUGAGGGCUCAUUUCACUAUAGAAGAAGCCCAUUGGGAGACUUAAUGGAGAUUUUAGUUCCCCAUCCUGAAUUCAAGAUGCUGGGUGUGCGUAGCAUUCCUCAAAUGUCUGAGAGCUCGCUGGCAUACAGCACAUUUACUUGGGCAGGCCUCCUCAAGCAUUUGAGACAGAUGCUCAUUUCAAAUGCAAAAAUGGAAGAAGGUAUCAAUUGGCACGUCCGGCCACCUGUAUCAGGACUGCCUACUCUUGGCAAAACACCUUGCAACAAGGAGCUUCAUUUUAACACUUCCAUUGCUAACUUGGUCAUCCUUCGUGGCAAAGACGUGCAAAGUGCAGAUCUGGGGGGAUUUAAAGAUCCAGCCCUCUAUACUUCCUGGUUAGCGCCUGCUGAUGCUUUUAAUGCAUGGAAAACUCAACGAGCCUUCAACAAAUAUGAGAAGUCUGCCACAUUGGUCAGCAACAGCCAGUUCUUAGUAAAACCACUUGAUCUGAUUGUGGGCAAAGCAUGGAAUAUGUUUGCUUCAAAAGCCUACAUCCAUCAAUACACAAAAUUUGGAAUUGAAGAAGAGGACUUCUUGGACAGUUUUUCUUUGUUAGAGCAGGUCAUUUCCAGUUACUGUAACCUCUGAUCUUGAACUGAAAAACUUAUUGUUAAUACCAUUUCUUUAAGGUUUUCAAUGUCUUAUUUGUUAAAGUAACAGUGGAAUGCUGGUUUCAUUUUGCAUACUAGACCCCAAAAAAAGGAGGGACAUAUUUUUAUUAGAAAAUAAUAUGUUUUCAGUGAAAACAUCUUCUAGUUACUUUACAUUUUUAAGGGGGGAAAAUUGGUUCUUCUACAAACAAUAUUAGAAACCCUUUGCUGAACUGUUGAGACUCGUAUCUGGAAUAGCCAAGAAAAAAGAAUAUUCCAUUUUGCCCUCAUAUUCCUAAAUCAUCCCUCUUUUCUGAAAAAGAAAAUUCUUUAAAUAUAAAGUAAACCUCUACAGCAAAAUUUUAAGCUAAGAAAUUCCAAUUAUGUACAUAAAUAUAUAAAUGUAUUUAUCUUUAAAGUGCAUGCUUUGAGCCACGAGAGGGAGCUGUUGUCAAAAGCUACAACAAAUAUCUGAAAGUAAAAAGUCAUAAAAGUUUUUUUCAAAAAAAAAAAAGAUUUUUUUCUACAUAAGCAACUAUUUAAGAAAAGAAUGUCAGGAUUUUUAUAAUAAAUAUAUGUCAUGUUUAAAUACAAAA